GGGGCGGUACGCGCCGGACGAGCGCGAGAGCGCGCUGGAGGAGGGGUACGUCGCGGACGAGGACGAGGUCGUGAUAAAGGUGAAGGCGGACGCGGACCCGAUGGACGUGGGGAAUUUCGGAAUGUCGGCGAUCACGGUGGCGGCGCUGAGAAAACGAGGCGUGGACACGCUGUUUCCGAUACAGCAGGCGGUGCUGAAACCGGCGCUGUCGGGAGAGGACGUCGUGGGAAGGGCGAGAACGGGGACGGGGAAGACGCUAGCGUUCGCGCUGCCGGUGAUUGAGCGAUUGUUGACGGAUGGAACGAGCGGACGGUCGAGAAAUCCGAAAUGCAUCGUGUUGGCGCCGACGCGAGAGCUGGCGAAGCAGGUUGAGAACGAAAUUUGCAUCACCGCGCCGUCGUUGGAGACGGUGUGCGUGUACGGGGGGACGCCCAUCGGUCAGCAAGAGGGUAAACUUCGUCGAGGGGUCGACAUCGUCGUCGGUACCCCGGGUCGGGUGCAGGAUUUGAUGAACAGACGAAGCUUGGAUUUGGGCGAAAUCGAAUUUGUGGUGCUCGACGAGGCGGAUCAGAUGUUGAACGUCGGGUUCGAGGAAGACGUGGAGGCGAUUCUGCAAGACUGCCCGGAGAGCCGCCAAACGUUUUUGUUCUCGGCGACGAUGCCGAGCUGGGUGAAGCAAAUCACGAAGAAGUUCUUGAAACCCGGGCACGUCGUGGUUGAUUUGGAUAAGAAGGCUAUUUGCUUCACGCAAACCAAGCGCGCGGCCGAUGAACUCACCGCCGCGCUCGGUCGUCGCGUGGCAUCUGAAGUUCUCCACGGCGACAUCGCUCAAGCGCAGCGCGAGCGCACCCUCCAGCGAUUCCGUGACAACCGCUUCAGCGUGCUCAUUGCCACCGACGUCGCCGCUCGCGGCUUGGACAUUUCCGACGUCGACUUGGUCAUUCACUACGAGCUCCCGAACGACGUCGAAUCGUUCGUGCAUCGAUGCGGUCGUACCGGCCGCGCUGGACAACUCGGUGCCGCGAUCGCGAUGCACACCGAUCGCGAAUCCUACAUGAUUCGUCGCAUCAAAAAGGAAACUGGAUGCGAAUUCCGCACCAUCGGCAUUCCGUCGUCGACGGAGACGCGAUUACGGCGGUGAUGGCUACGGCGGCGGUGGCGGUGGUCGCGAUCGUGCGCCCGCUCGAUCCGGCGGCUCCAGCUGGGGCGGCUGGUCCGAAUAAAGGAUCGCUUAAAACUAAAGCUUCCCGUGUAUCUUACCGAGCUCCGGACAAGUGCUCACUGCAACCCAAUCACAACGUUAACCAUUCAUUCAUAUAUUGUUUAGAAUAGAACUGGCGCUUCAAUUUGACACA